AUUGCCUCCGAGAGCUGGAUAAGAGCGGCCGGGCGGGGUUUUCCCAGCUCGGCUGCUUAGCAAGCCAGGGCGCCUGGGGAGAGAAAAAAGCCGAGGCAGGACCAGACCACACAGUCCAUCCUUACACACGCGAUACAUCAUCCCUCCUCGGGGCCCUGCGCCAGCGCCCAAGCACCCGCUUCGCACCUCCGCCCCCGAGCCCCACGCCUGUGUAUUCCCUGCACCAAGCCGCCCUGCUUUUGCUUUGCUCCUCCCGCCCCUUUGCACCGCCACUGGGGGCCCCGGCCAGGCCAGCUCCCCGGGCCCCCUUCUCCGACGGAAACGCUGCAAGCCACCAGCUGCCCCGGCCAACACAAGCGCUUGAUGGACGUCCGGAGCGAGGCAGAGCGGCCAAUGGGCGGCUGAAGCUCGGGGCCCGGAGAGGGCGGGCUUAGAACGCUCCCCGGGAGUGCGCGAGAGAGGCCGCGCGCGUGCGCGUGUGUGUCUGUCUGUCUCGCGCUCCUGUUCGGCUCUUCCGUUGCCCGCCCGCAGGUGCGAAGCAAAGAUGGGGUUUGCUGAGGACAAGGUUUAUGAGUACAUUAGGGAAUAUAUGUCCGAAUUCCAUCACAUCCGGGUGCUCCAGCUGAUUCGCUAUCUGCCGUGUCUCUCUGAUGCAGACAGGGAAGAGAUCGAAGCCUACGACGACAGGAAAGGGAACGAGCACGCCGUGUGGAAGCUCUUCGACUACUUGAAAUGCAGGAGUGGCUGGGUGAAGGAGCUCAUUGAGGCACUCAGGAAGAAUAGGCACCAUGAUCUCGCAGACAGGGUUCAGCGCAAGUACGAUGCUCACCAAGUCGGUCCUCGGAGCAAGGCACCACUUCCUGCAGUGAAUAACUCUCUGCCCAGCUACGCGUCCGUUUGCUCUCGGAUGCCGCCACUGACUGUUAAUCCUGAUCCUCGGCACGCUGGCCCCACCUUUGCGAACAAUCCCCACACUCCUCUGUUGCCUAGGCAGCCAGCAAGUCUCCCAGGGCCAGGCACACCCCUGCCUCUCCAGACGAAUCCGUCAGGAGCGGAAAGCUGCCACGACCUGGGAGAAUACAAUAUUCCUGUGCAAGAAAUGGAGCCGAUGGCAAAGCAAAAGGUUACAGAAGAUGCCCUGACCCCAUGGAGGGAAGCUCCGAGUUCCCAACCCGCUGGGAACGCAGCACUAGCUGAUCUCAGGGCAUCACAGGAAGGCAGUAACCAUGGAGAUGGUCUGGCCCCAGCAGCAGUCCAUUUAUCUCCUGGAUCACCAGCGGGACACCUGCUGGCUUGUGGGGGGAUGCCCAGAGGAGAGGUGGAAGUGGCUCAGCCAGGCAGACCAGUACCCGACCCAAGAGGACAGAGUCAGGACUGGGCCGGCCGCCAGCAGCAUCCGGUCUGUGUGAGCGGUGGGUAUUUUGGGAACAUGAAUCACCUGAACGUUGGGAACAGCAGAAAGGCAUCCGUGCCUGGAGAGCCUGUUCAGAGAGGGGAACCGGCCGCCGCUCCUAGCCCAGAGGAUUUCAUGAACCAGCCAGAAGAGGUUUACUAUUCUUUUGAGCGCUCUCCCCUGGCUUCCGGUGCCAACAGAGCUGUCCACGGGGAUAGGCAGCAGGCUGGAGAUUCGCUCCGGGAACAGAAGAUUCAGGCUUUGCAGGGUUACGAGAAUAGGAACCUGACGAGCAGCAUGGUGGAUGUUCAUGACCCUCUCCUCCUGCAGACCCAGUUUGAUGCAGAGCAGAAACGUGCCCAGGGACAGAGAGACCAUGGCGGAGAGAGGGAUGCGUUUCCCCUACACCAAAUCAGAGAUUCUGCACAAAGCACAUGCAGUUAUGGUGAUGUGGGAGCCAUCAAAGGAAGGGCUGACUCUAGUUCUGCAAUCGGAUCAGUGCCUGCCUCUCAGACAACAAGCACAAUCCCCAUGGACCUCAGUGAGGAUGCGACUGCUCGUGAUUUGGGAGCAUUACAUCUCGGCACAACACGCUCGGCCAGUUCCUCUGAAAAACUGGCUUCAGGCCCCUCCACGGGACCUUCCCAGGGGAUUCCUGAGCAGAACCCAGGUAGCAGCAUCAAUUCCCACUGUGGUGGACGGUCGGGAGGGUGCCUAGCAGAUACCCCGGGAGUUGCCAGUGGACCGGCAAACAGCAGGGAUCCUCAAAGCAAAGUCCAGAUUCCAGCUCCUGCAGCUCACGUGCUACACCCAGCUUCAACUCCUGGGCCCAGCCACGUUCUUCCAACCGGUUCCCCCAUCCAUCCCAGUACGACUAGAGUUCUCAAGCUCUCCCAUGCCAGGCCUGCUGUGGAAUUCUCUGACCUUAGUGACUUCUCCUCUACUGCUGUGAUUCCACCUAGUUCGCCUAGAUUGCCUUCUGACCCGUCAGGGCCAGCACUCAACAGCGACCUGGGUGAGCUGAAAUCUCCCGUCCAAGAGCGCGAACUGCCAACGAGAGACACAGACAGCAGCAGCACCUCCAUGCCAAAGGAGAACGCAAAUCGAGCGCCAAAGCCCCCUGCUCCGAGUGUGACCCGAACCAGCCCAGGGAUCCCUGGGAGCCCAGCUGGCACCACCGCAAGGGAGGCAGGGUGGGAGACCCAAAACGCCUUGCCAGGCCCCCCUAGGGGCUGCCAAGUGUUCUACAGUGAGCCGGAUGAAGAGGUGGUGCUCAGCAAGCCAGGCGUGCUAAUCUCCACUGGAGGCGUGGAGGAGCCAGCCACGAGGCAGCCAGAGUCACCCGAGACCAAUGUCCAGUAUUCUGGGAGGUCUGAUCGCUUCAUCCUCAGCAGCGAGUGCUCUCCGGACAGCAAUCCCCUAAUGAUAAGCGAAUCCAGCAGUGCCUGUUCCAGCUCCAGCAGAGCCCAGAGGAAUCAGCCUGAAGAGAAUCACUACUCCUCUCGCUCUGACCACCGCCCCCAACCUUGGGCUGCCGGCAAUGGCCCAAGAAGAGACGAGGCUACCAAAACCAGCAGAGUCUGCCUUCCGCCAGAGAACAGCAGCACCUGGGAUAGCACAGCUGUGGGAACUCACGAAGUCCAUGUGGUUGAGUAUCCUAGUGCUGAGCUGGGGGAGGCUCCCGGCCUGCGGGGUGUAGCCAAUGCCUACGAAAACCCAUCUCCGGCCAGCUCUGGCUCCCUCAGGAGGCUCUCCGGAUAUUCCGACUCACCUUGGAAUUCAGAAGCCCCUCCAGGAAGUUCCCCCCAGAACGAUAACCGGCCAAGGCGAGACAGGGAUGGGACAUCCUUUCCCUUGAAGGACUAUAUACUGCCAGCUGCCGUUGCUGCUUUCACUUCUGUUGUGGCUUUCCUAUUCUAUAAGCAUCUGCGGAAAUAGGAGUCGAGCAGGGUGGAGAGAUUGUAGAGCAUCACUUCAUUCAGCCACAAAGUCAACAGUAAACUUCAUGCUUAGCUUUCUCUUACGUAGGAAUUUUAACUGGCUAGUUAAGGCUAGUCUGGAGGGUGGAAUUUCAAAUGCACUAUUCAGUCUUUUUUGGAAAUGAGGCAUGAGGCCUCAGAUGCCUGACCCCCUUGUGCUCUUCUCCAUCCUUGUUGUCACCAGUUGCCUUCUCAUAUACUUUCCUUCUCCUGCUGCACCUCAACUUCCCAUGCAAGCCGUCGCUGAUGGACCCUUACUUGAGACAGUGAAAUUCGCAACCCCUUCCGCAGAUGCUCAUUAUCCACACCUGUCUGUGGGCCGGUGCACUGGAAGUGGGGGGUACCAAAGAGACAGGUGGAGGCUUUCUACAAGAGAGAGCAUGUUGUCCUGUGAAUCACAGGAUUCCUACUGACCGCUCUGAGAGAAGGAGUUUCAUUUCCUUGCAGAAUCUGAAGUGUAUGAACAUCAAGAAAGCGCAGCUGGCGUCUGCUGCUAGGUUUUGCCCAACUUUAAAAUGCUGGUGCAUGGAGAGGGGCUGGGCACUAGCUCCUGUGCAGGUACCUGACCAGGGAUACUACCUUGAAUUCAAACGUGGUCCAUUGAGGGCUCUUCUGGCUUUCUCCUCCAGCCAUGCCUCGUGAUUGGGUUUGUGUUCACUCUCCCCUUCCUUCUUGCCCUGUGUUUGUGUAUGACUGACUGGGACCACAAUUCAGGAUCCUCUGCUGUCACUGAGUUGAAUGGCUGUGCUGCUGGUACAACUAUUCACUCACGUAGGGUGACCAGAUGUCCCGAUAAAAUCGGGACCGUCUCGAUAUUUAAGUGUUUGUCCCGCGUCCCGACCGAUCUUUGAUCGGGGCGCACUUUGUCCUGAUAUUUGCUUUGCCAGCAGCACUUAGCUUUUUUUUUUUCUCUCUCUCUCCUGCUCAGCCAGCACGAGCCCCCCCGUCCCGAUAUUUUCUUCCUGUCAUCUGGUCACCCUACACUCAUGGAGGGCUAGCAUGAGGCCUGUUUUUGCCAGUCAAAUCUCAUUGGCAACUAGGCCCUAUGCACUGGGGUGAUUUCACCCUUAGCGUAUACCUCACUGGCUUGAAUCCAGGCCAGAUCAGUAACUUGGUUGUUAACAUCUAAUGCCUUUUCAGUGCCCUGUGUGAAAUGAGCAGGGUCUGAAGAGCUCCUGCUCAGCAAGUAACCAAGUUACAAAAAUCCCACAGCUGGUCCCACAGGUGGCAGACCCAGGUUUAAAAUGGACCCUGGAGGUUAAACUACCAUUCUGUAUGCCUACGGGGGGUCCCUCCAGCUUUGAGGCAGGUGGGGAAGUUUGCACUGCCGCUUCCAUGCUGUAUCUGUUCUGUGACUAAGUAGAGAGGUCAAAUUGACUGUCACCUUUCACUAGCACUAAAUUCUCUCCCCAUGCCUGCCGGGGACACCACUAAUCUUGUGGUUUCCCGUCUCCUCUGAGCAUACAUUUCCCAUACCUGUCAUGCUGCGUAGCCUUAAUCAGAGUAUGGGAGUACAUGCAAAUGCAGGCGUUGCCUGUUGCAGUGCUAGGCCUCCAAAUUGUCGGGGCAUAGUUUUACUGUAGAAUCAGGCUUUAAGUGGAAAUAGGGGGUGGAAAUUAAGUAGUUUGAGAGAGCUCAGCCACCAUCGUGGUGGUGAUAAUGUAUGUAACUGGGGCUGUAGGUCAAUUGAAGCAACUCUCCAGCAGGAUUCAAGGAACAGAGAAUGUCUCUCCAGCUUCACUGCUCCAGCAAGGAUGAGGUUUGCUCCUUCUCCUGUUGCAUUGUCUCAGUAGUUUUGCUAAUGGGUAGGGCCACGAUUUUGGCAAGGGUAUUUUAUUGAAAGUCACGGGCAGGAUAUGGGACAUAAACAAUAAAUCAUGGCUAUGUAUACAGGGCCAGCGUUAAGGGGUAGCAAACAGGGCAAUUGCCCGGGGCCUGCGAAGCUAAGUUACAAGUGGUGGGGUUCAGGCUUUGGCCUCAGUGGAUUUUGAGGAAGUUGCAGAGGCUGCCAGGCUGGGGUCGGGAUUUAAAGGGCCUGGAGCUCCUGUGGCUGUGGGGAGCCCUGAGCCCUUUAAAUCCCGGGCCCAGCUGCCGGACCUGCGGGCGGGAUUCAAAGGGCUCUGGGCUCCCCGCUGCGGCGGGAGCUCCGGGCCCUUUAAAUCCCGGCUCCAGCCUGGGCGCCGAGCUGCGGGUGGGAUUCCGAGGGCUCUGGGCUCCCCGCAGGGCAGGGAGCCCAGAGCCCUUUAAAUCCCUGCCGCGGAAGCCGGUGCGGCCCGGCACGGCGUCCUGGCUCUUGCCGGUACGCCGGACCGGACCGGCUUACUUUCACCUCUGCAGCUAUGGUAGAGUGGCCAUUUAUGUGAAACUCCCCAGGUGUCAAUGCUGCAAAUGCACAGGACCCAACAGUGUUCCCUGUUCCUUGCCCCGCAUGAAGUUAAUGUUAUGGUAUAGGUUUUGUAGUAAGUACAAAAGCCAGGAAAUUGAAAGUUAGACUUCCCAGAGCAGCUGUGUCUCAUCCUGGUUUUGACACUGACAACCUCUGUGGCAAGUCACUUUACUUUGCAAUUUGAAUUUCUCCCAUCUGCAGCGUGAGGAUAAUAAGGUGUACCAACCGCAAAAGCGGGCUUGAGGAUCAAUUACCUGUAGUCUGGAAGGGUCUGGAAGCGUUACGUGGGUCCUGUUCCUCAGCUGGUAUAAAUCAGCAUCACUCCAUUGCCUUGGGGCUGUCCACAGAUUACACAACACAUUUUUUUGUUAUUGUCAAGACCCCCCCCACCUCUUGUAACACUGAAACAAACAUGCAAAAUUAAGGACCUAAUGCAUUAAGUAAUUUAUGGACAGACCCUUGCCUGCAUUCUCAUGAAUGGAGCCUUGUGAAGGAGUGACCCACUGUGCAUAGGAGAGUUUGUUCCUCUGAUCCCUUUCAGCAGCCCCUCUUGACGUUGGUCCACUUCCUCCCAUGACUUAGCCCUUUGGUCAGGUCACGUUCAGUCAUACCCCUUUCAGGGUACCAACACCACUGGUCCCCAGACAUACAAGUAAACACCACAUUCCCACUAUCUUCAGGCCCCCUUUCUGUGCCCAUGUCCUUAAGCCUUCCGCUGGGGUCCUCAAAAUGGAGACAAGUCAAACAGUACUAACUCAACUGUCUCCAGCCCACGCGUGCUUACCGUGUUGGUUCCUCACUAAGUCCUCUUUCAUCCCACCACAGCGAGAGACUUCACCUCCUGCAGUGUCUGUUCACUUCUGUCCCACCACUGGGAUUUCCUGUCCCCCUGCAGCCUUCCUGACAGCCUCACCCUUCUGGGCCUUUCUCUCUCUUCCUGCAGGAUCUGCCACUGGGGUUCGCCCUGCUCAACACCUGCCAGACAUACCCCUUCCUGAGGUGUACCCAGACAAUGCUAAACGGGGCCUUUGCUUCUUUAAUGUUUUCCAGGGUUCUGUUCACUGGGGGGCGGGGGUAGAGGUUUGCACCAUCACCACAGCCCUAGACCAGCCCUGUGUGACAAGCCUGUUUACACCAGCUGAGGAUCUGCCCCAUUGGCGUUAAAGUCAUGCCAAAAAAUAAACACAAUAUUGUAAAAACGAGGAGUCCUUGUGGCACCUUAGAGACUAACAAUGUAUUUGGGCAUAAGCUUUUGUGGGCUAAAACCCACUUCAUCAGAUGCAUGGAGUGAAAAAUACAGUAAGCAGACCUUGCAUCAACCUAACUCUAGUCUAGACCAGGGCUAGGAACUGGCUUGCUGGUCCCUAGUACAGAUGGGAUGCAGCCGCAUAGUCCCAGAAUGCUGGGUACUGAUAAGAGACAUCAUUAGUAUGUUCAUACCGGUGCUGAGUGGGAUACGAUGUCUGGGAUUGGAAAUUCUGUAGUCCUUUGACUUGUUUAUGAUCCUGUGAUGGUCUGUUCUCCCCUUACCUGCGCACGUGACUCCCCAUUGAGUCUAAUGGCAGUUACACAUACACUACAUAGCAGGGAGGAUGGAUCCUGCAAUGUUUUGGUAGGAGAAGAUGGAGAAGAAGGUAUUAGGGAGCUAGCACGCCAGGGGGACUGACUCCAGUUCUGAGAGACGCACUAUGUGCCCAAGAGGGCUUGGGAGGCCAGUUAAGGGUCUGGCCCCUCAGCAUGCAUGCUCUAGCAUGCCAUUCAUGCAAGCUAACACAGGGCAAAUGCUGUUCCUUUUUAAGGAAACAAAGUGCAUCACCCCCCCACUCUCCGUGCACAUAUUCACCGCUUCCCUCUUGCGCUGGAAUCCUUCCCUGCUCAGCAGGAUUCCAGAGUUGACGAUGCACCACCAGUGUCCCGCUUCCCUUCACCAGUCAGGGAUGCAUUCGGCUCUUGAGCAAUACCGUUGACAUGAUACCACAAAGAGACUUCAACAAUGAGAGCUAUGGGGGUGCGGCUACCAUUUAGGGUUACCGUACGUCUGGAUUUUCCCGGACAUGUCCGGCUUUUUGGUGCUCAAAUCCCCGUCCGGGGGGAAUUGCCAAAAAGCUGAACAUGUCCAGGAAAAUGCCGGCAUCCCUGCCCCAGUCCCCUGCUUACCUGAGCAGUUCCGGCAGGCUGCGAGCUGCAGGCGGAUACCCCUGCGAGCUGCUGCUCCCUCCAGACACCUCAACUCUGUGUAGCUGAAGAGCGGAGCUGCCCCAGCGCUACCGGCUUCACGGUUUGCCGGGCA